AUGGUCCGCUUUGGGGACGAGCUGGGCGGACGCUAUGGGGGCGCUGGCGGCGGAGAGCGGGCCCGGGGCGGCGGAGCCGGCGGAGCGGGCGGCCCCGGCCCGGGGGGGCUGCAGCCGGGCCAGCGGGUCCUCUACAAGCAGUCGAUCGCGCAGCGCGCGCGGACCAUGGCGCUGUACAACCCCAUCCCGGUCAAGCAGAACUGCUUCACCGUCAAUCGCUCGCUGUUCGUCUUCAGUGAGGACAACGUCGUCCGCAAAUACGCCAAGCGCAUCACCGAGUGGCCUCCUUUUGAGUACAUGAUCCUGGCCACUAUCAUCGCCAACUGUAUCGUGCUGGCACUGGAGCAGCACCUCCCAGACGGGGACAAGACGCCCAUGUCCGAGCGGCUGGAUGACACGGAGCCCUACUUCAUCGGCAUCUUCUGCUUCGAGGCGGGCAUCAAGAUCCUCGCUCUGGGCUUCGUCCUCCACAAGGGCUCCUACCUGCGCAACGGCUGGAACGUCAUGGACUUCGUGGUGGUUCUCACAGGGAUCCUUGCCACGGCUGGCACUGACUUUGACCUGCGAACUCUGCGGGCUGUUCGUGUGCUUAGGCCCCUGAAGCUGGUGUCUGGGAUUCCGAGUCUGCAGGUGGUGCUCAAGUCCAUCAUGAAGGCCAUGGUUCCGCUCCUGCAGAUCGGGCUGCUUCUCUUCUUCGCCAUCCUCAUGUUUGCCAUCAUCGGCCUCGAGUUCUACAUGGGCAAAUUCCACAAGGCCUGUUUCUCCAACAGCACAGAUGCAGACCCAGUGGGUGACUUCCCCUGUGGCAAGGAGGCCCCAGCCCGGCUGUGUGAGGGCGACACUGAGUGCCGGGAGUACUGGCCAGGACCCAACUUUGGCAUCACCAACUUUGACAACAUCCUCUUUGCCAUCUUGACGGUGUUCCAGUGCAUCACCAUGGAGGGCUGGACUGACAUCCUCUACAAUACGAAUGAUGCAGCUGGCAACACCUGGAACUGGCUCUACUUUAUCCCUCUCAUCAUCAUCGGCUCCUUCUUCAUGCUCAACCUGGUGCUGGGCGUGCUCUCAGGAGAGUUUGCCAAGGAACGUGAGAGGGUGGAGAACCGCCGGGCCUUCCUGAAGCUCCGCCGGCAGCAGCAGAUUGAGCGGGAACUCAAUGGGUACCUGGAGUGGAUCUUCAAGGCUGAGGAAGUCAUGCUGGCUGAGGAGGACAAGAACGCGGAGGAGAAGUCCCCUCUGGAUGUGUUGAAGAGAGCAGCCACCAAGAAGAGCCGAAACGACCUGAUCCACGCGGAGGAGGGGGAGGACCGGUUUGCAGACCUCUGUGCUGUUGGAUCCCCCUUCGCUCGUGCCAGCCUCAAGAGCGGGAAGACAGAGAGCUCGUCGUACUUCCGUAGGAAGGAGAAGAUGUUCCGGUUCUUCAUCCGGCGCAUGGUGAAGGCGCAGAGCUUCUACUGGGUGGUGCUGUGCGUGGUGGCCCUGAACACAGUGUGUGUGGCCAUGGUGCACUACAACCAGCCGCAGCGGCUCACCACGGCGCUGUACUUUGCAGAGUUUGUUUUCCUGGGUCUCUUCCUCACAGAGAUGUCCCUGAAGAUGUAUGGCCUGGGGCCCAGAAGCUACUUUCGGUCUUCCUUCAACUGCUUCGAUUUUGGGGUCAUUGUGGGGAGCAUCUUUGAAGUGGUCUGGGCUGCCAUAAAGCCAGGAACCUCAUUUGGGAUCAGCGUGCUGCGGGCACUCCGGUUGCUGAGGAUCUUCAAAGUCACAAAGUACUGGAACUCCUUGCGGAACUUGGUGGUGUCCCUGCUCAACUCCAUGAAAUCUAUCAUCAGCCUCCUCUUCCUGCUCUUCCUGUUCAUCGUGGUCUUUGCUCUGCUGGGCAUGCAGCUGUUUGGGGGACAGUUCAACUUUGAAGAUGAGACUCCAACGACCAACUUUGACACCUUUCCCGCUGCCAUCCUCACUGUCUUCCAGAUCCUGACCGGAGAGGACUGGAAUGCAGUGAUGUAUCAUGGGAUUGAGUCGCAGGGCGGAGUUAGCAAAGGCAUGUUCUCGUCCUUCUACUUCAUCGUCCUGACGCUGUUUGGAAAUUACACCCUGCUGAAUGUCUUCCUGGCCAUCGCUGUGGACAACCUUGCCAAUGCCCAGGAGCUGACCAAGGAUGAAGAGGAGAUGGAAGAAGCAGCCAAUCAGAAGCUCGCUCUGCAAAAGGCCAAAGAAGUGGCUGAAGUCAGCCCCAUGUCUGCUGCGAACAUCUCCAUUGCUGCGCAGCAGAACUCGGCCAAAGCACGCUCGGUGUGGGAGCAGCGGGCCAGCCAGCUGCGGCUGCAGAACCUGCGGGCCAGCCGCGAGGCGCUGUACAGCGAGAUGGACCCCGAGGAGCGGCUGCACUACGCCACCACGCGCCACCUGCGGCCCGACAUGAAGACGCACCUGGACCGGCCGCUCGUGGUGGAGCCGGGCCGGGAGGGCGCGCGGGGGCCCGCGGGGGGCAAGGCCCGGCCCGAGGGCGGAGAGGCCAGCGAGGGCGCGGACCCGCCGCGCAGGCACCACCGGCACCGCGACAAGGCCCCGGCCCCGGCGGGGGAGCAGGACAGGGCGGAGGCCCCAAAGGCCGACGGCGGGGAGCCCGGGGGGCGGCCGUACCGCAGCCGCAGCAAGGAGACCCGGAGCGAGCGCGGCCGCGGCCCGGGUUCCGAGGGCGGCCGGCGCCACCACCGGCGCGGCUCCCCGGAGGAGGCGGCCGAGCGGGAACCCCGGCGGCACCGGGCCCACCGGCACGCGCCCGACCAGGGCAAGGAGGGCGAGCGCCGAGCGCGGCACCGCGGCCCCCGGGCCGGCCCCAGGGAGGCCGAGAGCGGGGAGGAGCCGGCGCGGCGGCACCGGGCCCGGCAUAAGGCGCUGCCCGCCCACGAGGACGCGGAGAAGGAGGCCGCGGAGAGGGAGAGCGGGGUCGAGGACAGGGACAAGGACAAGGAGCUGCGGAACCACCAACCCAGGGAGCCGCACUGUGACCUGGAGGCCACUGGGAUAAUGGGUGUGGGUCCUGUGCAUGCGCUCCCAAGUACCUGUCUACAGAAAGUGGAGGAACAGCCAGAGGAUGCAGAUAAUCAGCGGAAUGUCACUCGGAUGGGCAGUCAACCCUCAGACCCGAGCACUACUGUGCCUAUCCCAGUGAUGCUGACUGGACCUCCUGGGGAGACCACAGUUGUUCCCAGUGGUAACGUGGACCUGGAAAGCCAAGCAGAGGGGAAGAAGGAGGUGGAAGCUGAUGAUGUGAUGAGGAGUGGCCCCCGACCCAUCGUCCCAUACAGCUCCAUGUUCUGUUUAAGCCCCACCAACCUGCUCCGCCGCUUCUGCCAUUACAUCGUGACCAUGCGGUACUUCGAGAUGGUCAUUCUUGUGGUCAUUGCCCUGAGCAGCAUCGCCCUGGCCGCCGAGGAUCCUGUGAGGACAGACUCGCCCCGGAACAAUGCUCUAAAGUACAUGGACUACAUUUUCACAGGCGUCUUCACCUUUGAGAUGGUGAUGAAGAUGAUCGACUUGGGUCUGCUGCUGCACCCUGGGGCCUACUUCCGAGACCUGUGGAAUAUUCUGGACUUCAUUGUGGUCAGUGGGGCCCUGGUGGCGUUUGCCUUCUCAGGAUCCAAAGGGAAAGACAUCAACACCAUCAAGUCCCUGAGAGUCCUGCGCGUCCUACGGCCCCUCAAGACCAUUAAACGGCUGCCUAAGCUCAAGGCUGUGUUUGACUGUGUGGUGAACUCUCUGAAGAACGUCCUCAACAUCCUGAUUGUCUACAUGCUCUUCAUGUUCAUAUUUGCUGUCAUCGCGGUGCAGCUCUUCAAAGGGAAGUUUUUCUACUGCACUGACGAGUCCAAGGAGCUGGAGAGGGACUGCAGGGGUCAGUAUUUGGAUUAUGAGAAGGAGGAAGUGGAAGCUCAACCACGGCAGUGGAAGAAAUAUGACUUUCACUAUGACAACGUGCUCUGGGCUCUGCUGACACUGUUCACGGUGUCCACAGGAGAAGGGUGGCCCAUGGUGCUGAAACACUCAGUGGAUGCCACCUAUGAGGAACAGGGCCCAAGCCCUGGGUACCGCAUGGAGUUGUCCAUCUUCUAUGUGGUCUACUUUGUGGUCUUCCCCUUCUUCUUUGUCAACAUCUUCGUGGCCUUGAUCAUCAUCACCUUCCAGGAGCAAGGGGACAAGGUGAUGUCUGAAUGCAGCCUGGAGAAGAAUGAGAGGGCUUGCAUUGACUUUGCCAUCAGCGCCAAGCCCCUGACGCGGUACAUGCCCCAGAACAAACAGUCCUUCCAGUACAAGACGUGGACGUUUGUGGUGUCGCCACCCUUCGAGUACUUCAUCAUGGCCAUGAUAGCCCUCAACACAGUGGUGUUGAUGAUGAAGUUCUAUGACGCACCCUACGAGUACGAGCUGAUGUUGAAAUGCCUGAACAUUGUGUUCACAUCCAUGUUCUCCAUGGAAUGCGUGCUGAAGAUCAUCGCCUUUGGGGUGCUGAACUACUUCAGAGAUGCCUGGAAUGUCUUUGACUUUGUCACUGUGCUGGGAAGUAUUACUGAUAUUUUAGUAACAGAGAUUGCGGAAACGAACAACUUCAUCAACCUGAGCUUCCUCCGCCUCUUCCGUGCCGCCCGGCUCAUCAAGCUGCUCCGCCAGGGCUACACCAUCCGCAUCCUGCUGUGGACCUUCGUGCAGUCCUUCAAGGCCCUGCCCUACGUGUGCCUGCUCAUCGCCAUGCUGUUCUUCAUCUAUGCCAUCAUUGGCAUGCAGGUGUUUGGAAAUAUUGCCCUGGAUGAUGACACCAGCAUCAACCGACACAACAACUUCCGGACAUUUUUACAAGCCUUGAUGCUGCUGUUCAGGAGUGCCACCGGGGAGGCCUGGCAUGAGAUCAUGCUGUCUUGCCUCAGCAACCAGGCCUGUGAUGAGCAUGCCAAUGCCAGUGAGUGUGGGAGCGACUUUGCCUAUUUUUACUUCGUCUCCUUCAUCUUCCUUUGCUCCUUUCUGAUGUUGAACCUCUUUGUGGCUGUGAUCAUGGACAAUUUUGAAUACCUUACGCGGGACUCUUCCAUCCUAGGGCCUCACCACCUGGACGAGUUCAUCCGGGUCUGGGCUGAGUACGACCCGGCUGCGUGUGGGCGCAUCAGUUACAGUGACAUGUUUGAGAUGCUGAAACACAUGUCUCCGCCCCUGGGGCUGGGGAAGAAGUGCCCUGCUCGGGUGGCAUACAAGCGCCUGGUUCGCAUGAACAUGCCCAUCUCCAAUGAGGACAUGACCGUCCACUUCACAUCCACACUGAUGGCCCUCAUCCGGACUGCACUGGAGAUCAAGCUGGCUCCAGCUGGCACGAAGCAGCAUCAGUGCGACGCAGAGUUGAGAAAGGAGAUUUCCUCUGUGUGGGCCAAUCUGCCCCAGAAGACCCUGGAUUUACUGGUGCCACCCCAUAAACCUGAUGAGAUGACAGUGGGGAAAGUCUACGCAGCUCUGAUGAUAUUUGACUUCUACAAACAGAACAAAACCACUAGAGACCAGAUUCACCAGGCUCCUGGAGGCCUGUCCCAGAUGGGCCCCGUGUCCCUGUUCCACCCUCUGAAGGCCACGCUGGAGCAGACGCAGCCAGCUGUUCUCCGAGGAGCCCGGGUUUUCCUUCGGCAGAAGAGCUCAGCCUCCCUCAGCAAUGGUGGGGCCGUACAAACCCAAGAGAGUGGCAUCAAGGAGUCUGUCUCCUGGGGCACUCAGAGGACCCAGGAGGGGCCCUAUGAGGCGAGGACACCCUUGGAGCGCGGCCACUCUGCAGAGAUCCCAGUGGUGCAGCCAGGAAAAUCAGUGAGGGCUGUGGAUGUCCAGAUGCAGAGCAUGGCCCUGAGAGGCCCUGAUGGGGAGCCCCAACCUGGGCUGGAGAGCCAGGGCCGAGCGGCCUCCAUGCCCCGCCUGGCGGCAGAGACUCAGCCGGCCCCAGAUGCCAGUCCCAUGAAGCGCUCCAUCUCCACGCUGGCACCACAGCGCUCCCACGUGGCCCAUCUCUGCACUGCUGCCCUGGACCGUGCGCCAGCCAGCCAGGCGCCUCACCACCACCACCGCUGCCACCGCCGCAGGGACCGGAAGCAGAAGUCCCUGGAAAAGGGGCCCAGCCUGUCUGCAGACACGGAUGGCGCCCCCAGCAGCACUGCGGGGCCAGGGCCGCCCCUGGCAGAGGGGCCCGCAGGCUGCCGGCGGGAGCGCAGACAGGAGCGUGGCCGGUCCCAGGAGCGGAGGCAGCCCUCCUCCUCCUCCUCUGAGAAGCAGCGCUUCUACUCCUGCGACCGCUUUGGGGGCCGUGAGCCCCCACAGCCCAAGCCUGCCCUUGGCAGCCACCCCACGUCACCGACGACCGGGCAGGAGCCAGGACCCCCACGACAGGGUGGUGGCUCGGUGAAUGGGAGCCCCUUGCUGUCAACAUCUGGUGCUAGCACCCCUGGCCGUGGGGGCCGCAGGCAGCUCCCCCAGACCCCCCUGACCCCCCGUCCCAGCAUCACCUACAAGACGGCCAACUCCUCACCCGUCCAUUUCACCGGGGCUCAGACCAGCCUCCCCGCCUUCUCCCCUGGCCGACUUAGCCGCGGCCUUUCUGAACACAAUGCCCUGCUCCAGAGAGACCCCCUCAGCCAGCCCCUGGCGCCUGGCUCUCGGAUCGGCUCCGACCCUUACCUGGGGCAGCGUCUGGACAGCGAGGCCGCUGCCCGCACCCAGCCUGAGGACACGCUCACCUUCGAGGAGGCUGUGGCCACCAACUCGGGCCGCUCCUCCCGGACUUCCUACGUGUCCUCCCUGACCUCCCAGUCCCACCCCCUCCGCCGUGUGCCCAAUGGCUACCACUGCACUCUGGGGCUCAGCUCAGGCAGCCGGGCACGGCACAGCUACCACCACCCCGACCAAGACCACUGGUGCUAGCUGUGCCCCACUGCCGCCACGCACCCGCUCAGCGGGCAUGUUCCCGUCGAUGAGUUUUAUCAUCCACGCUGGGCUCUUGGGGAUGCUCCAGGCUCCAGGGCAGGGGCGGCAGCUCGGAGGAGGAGGGGCCGCCCUCCCGGGCAAGCUGAGUGGAGGCCCUCCUGCUCCUCUCUCCUCUCUCACGCUGAAUGGAUGACUAGAGCCCUUCUGUAGAGGGCUGGGCUUCCUCCAUCUCCUCCUCUGCUGCCUUCCAGGGUCUCACCCCACAGACCCCACACAGGAAGCAGCCGUGUGUGUUGAACAGGACCCAGCCAGUCUGAGUCCUGUGUGAUGGACUCCAGCAUCUGGGGUGCAUGCUUGGAACCUUUUUUAGGAGGGCCAAAUCUUGUUGGGAGCAUCCUUUAUCCAAAUGUGUGCUACAGAGGGCCGGGCAUGUCUAUAAGCGUCGCGAGACUGCGGGCCAAAGUCGGCAGUGACAGAGCUGCAGUCCCGCACCCGGUAGCCUGGCUGCUGUUCCGUGCAGGCCUCUCCCGCGCCACAUGCGCCGGCGUGCUCUUCGUACCUUUGGCAGCAAAUGGAUGCUAGAAACACACUCAGAUGCGCUCUGUCCUCUCCAGACACUGUCAGCUCCAACAGGGACCAAAUCUGGAAAAUGUUCCUGCUGUGGGUUUUGGUUUUUAAUUGCAACACCCUUCACUCUUUUGUCGAUUCUGUAUACUUGAUCUAGAGAAAAUAGAAAACAGAAGGACUGGAAAGGAAAUGUUGAUAUUACUUUAAAAAAUCAAACCUGUGGG